AGCACAUAAAAGUUUUCACUUGAAAAGCAAGUUAAAGAAAAUCAUUUCACACAUACAAAUGAAUUCCUGCGCAACAAUUUUGCAACUGAUGUUUGCGAUAAUGGUAAUGGUGCCAACUAUUAGUUUAGCAUCAGAGCCUGUUCCAGAGUGUCCACCCAGUUGUCUAGAUAUCCCAAUCGCCUUUACAUCUGACAUUAGCUCCAACUGUCAUCUUGAUGAAGAUUCUCGCUUUAUUACUUGCAACGCCAAGCCAUUUGUAAAAUUCCGGAAACAUAAACUUAUUCACAGAUCACUCGGUGGAAACAUUAGAAUUGCAGCUUCCGUGGCUUUAGAUUGUUACAACAAGUGCGGUUCAAUAAAUGGCACCAUCCUGGAGCUCCUCUCGUCUAAAUUGCAGAAUUUUCGUACAAAGAAAGAUGGUGGUCUACAACCCAAAGACCAAACUAAGCUCCCUAUCUUUCCCCUUAUUGCUUUUGGUCUCAUUUUUCCUGCCAUUGGAAUUUCAUGGAUAUUUUGGAGAAGCCAGAAAAAGAAAGUCGCUAAAAUAAGGCAGGAAUUGUUUGUGGGAAAUGGUGGAUUGAUUUUAGAAAAAAUGCUAUUAAGAAGGAAAAGAUGUAAAGUCUUCACAGCAGAAGAUCUCAGCAAGGCUACAGAAAACUACAAUGAAAGUAGAGUCUUCCAUAGAGAUAGAAAUGAACCAGUUUACAAAGGAACUUUACUUGAAGAUGGAGUAAACAAAAUUAUCACCAUAAAGAGAUGUGAAAAAAUUGAUCCAAUCCAGAUUCGGGAUUUCAUUGGUAAAUUGGUCAAUUUUUCAUGGAUAGACCACAUGAAUGUGGUAAAACUGAUUGGUUGUUGUUUAGAGACACAAGUUCCCUUAUUGGUUUAUGAGUUCUAUGCCGACAAGACGUUGUACGAUUCUAUUCAUGAUGAGUUUUCUUUUCUUUCCUGGGAACGUCGUCUAAAGAUAGCCACUGAAACUGCAAGGUCCCUUUCAUACUUGCAUUCUGGCGCCAAAACACCAAUUAUUCAUGGAAACAUCAAUAGCUCCAACAUACUACUAGACCAUGGUUUCAGGGUAAAAAUAGCGUUUCCUUCAUUUACAGGAUUGUUGGGUACAGAUGGCAAAAAGAGUGAUGUGUACAGCUUUGGUGUUAUACUAGCCGAGUUAUUGACUGGUGAUGAGGUGCUAAACUUUGACAGGCCAAAAGGAGAAGAGUUUUUGGCUGAGUAUUUCAUUUCUGCAGUGAAAGGAGAUCGCAUGCUUGAAAUUCUUGAACAUUCUUUGGUGACGGAGGUUAAGAUUGAGCAGUUGAAAGAAGUUUCAAUGCUGACAGAGAUGUGCUUAAGAGAACGAUAUGAGGAGAGGCCUACGAUGAUUGAAGUUGUAAUGAAGCUUGAAAAUGUUUUAAGGAGUCUGGAGCACGACAAAGAUGAAACAUGGUUUAACCAUGGCGAUAAUUGCUUGGAGGGUUGUGAAAAAGAUCAGUACUCCAGCUCAAGAUCUUCCAGCUCAGGAUCACGAAAGUUAUUAAUGAGCUUGAACUCAAAACUUUCCCAAGUAUUUCACUCAUCUUUCUUCUUUUUUCCCAUAAAACAAUACAGGUUGAACAAGAUAGUAAUCACAGUAUAACUGUUUCCAUUUGAACCAGGGACUUAAAUAUUAAUUGUGUAAUGCGUUUUAUUGUAGAAAAGACAAAGUAUGUGUAAAAAAAAUGAGGGCUAAGAAUGUAAAUUGUGGAGUAGUUUGGAGUCUGUAUAAAUAGUCUUUUUAAGCCCUAAACCAAAAAGAGGAGAAUUAUAUUUGAAAUCUUGCGAAGAAAGAAAUAGUUUUGUUACUUCUCCA